AUCAUAUGUGUUUAAGGCCAAUCGUUCAGGUCAAAAUAAACCAAAAAGGAUUUACUACCGGCUUCCUGAGGUAGAAAGUUUGUGUUAGUCAUAUCUAAAAGAUAAGUAAAACCAACAGAGUGUUGGUUCAAUUUUAAAAUGUUAAUACUCAUUGAAUACUGUGGCAGUUUUAGCCGUGUCCAAAUCAAGUGUUAUCUCGUUCUUCUUUCAGACUAGCUUUAGGAUACAAUGCUACACUGUACGGUGAUUGAUGGUUGUCCCUACCGCCCCGGACAAAUUCUCUUAUAUCCAGGAUCGGUAAAUUUGUCGUUUGAUAAGACUCAAAACUCUAUUUACAAAAUUACAUUUCACUUACCAAUAGAAAAUUGCAUAAAAUGUUGACCAUAUAAUAUGAAGAGAGUGGAAGCAUUUUGAAAUUAUAGAACACUUCAAAAAAUGUAUAUGUUAUUAAUUAUAUAUUAUGAAUAGUAUGUGGUAUUUGUUGUCGAUUAUAACCACGUGAUCAAUUGGAAAUGUAACAUAAAUUAGUUAAGCGCAGGUAAAAGUGAUCGAUUCUCACAACUUAAAUAACAGGUUGAAUUAUUUCAAAUCUGCCAAGAUCAGCGUUGUUGAUAAUCAGCACAUGUAACAAUUCGUGAUCAGAGAAAAAGGUCAACUCAGGUAUGCUGUUCUAGACGAAGUUGGAAUGUCUCUGACGGGGUACUUGUCUAAAGGUCAUUAAUUGAAGAUGGAAGGACAUAGCGCAUACUACCCGCAGCAAAUGUAUACCAGGGACAAUUACGGAGUUAUGGUGACAAUCCCAGGAACGUAUCCUAACACACAACCCCCGGCUUGUGUCUACCAAAGGAAUUCACACGAUGGAUCCUAUGGGGGUCAGACUAUGACAGUGGUAGAAUCAGGGUUACAUGGAGAGACCCCUAAUAACAUAAACCAUCAACUAUCCCCCCCAGGGAUGCCAGUGAAUGUCCAAGGACAUGCCCAACAGACCAACCCUACACCGGCGCAUAUGCACAAUUCGCAUUUAAUCAACUCACCUUCUCUUCAAACCUCUGCAAGUCUGCCUCCCCCUGCACACACCCAAACGGUCCCGCCCCCAGUGUCCUCCAUGUCCGGCCCCGGGGGUGACAGUUCCCCUGAUUCCCUCAACAAUAACAACAGUCAGCAGCAAUCACAGCUUCAGUUCCCGUGGAUGAAAACAACGAAAUCUCAUGCCCAUCAGUGGAAAGCACAGUGGCCAGGUGCCCAGUUCCCUAUCGAGGACGACAACAAACGGACACGUACAGCCUACACACGUGGUCAGCUUCUCGAGCUCGAAAAGGAGUUCCACUUCAACAAAUACAUUUCCAGACCAAGGCGGAUAGAAUUAGCCGCCAUGUUGAAUUUGACGGAGAGACAUAUCAAAAUCUGGUUCCAGAAUCGUCGAAUGAAAUGGAAAAAAGAUGAAGCAAAACGUCGACCUAGGCCUCUACCGUCAGAUUCGUCGUCAACGAAAUCCGAAUCCCAAAACUCUCCUCCAGAUUCCCCAACCCUCACAGACUUAUCUCCCAUCAACACUGGUAAAAAUGGCGGCCGAUCACCGAAUGGGGAAAGUGCCGAAAGUGUUCAAAUAGUUACUAAAAAGGCAUUAACAGAAAAUGGUGUGUCGACACAUUUGAAAAAAGAAGACUCUUCAUGAUAAAAACCUUACAUUAUGAAAUAUAUAUUUUUAGAUCAAGAUUCGUGGAUAUUUUGUCGUUGAACUUGAGUCGUACAGAGUUAUGGCCCUUUGACAUAAUUUCCUCUAGAUCGAUACGUAAUUUUAUACAAUAUGCCUUGGUGUGACUGAGGCUGUUUGUGUCCCCGGGUCAUCUGUUGGGUUCAGUUUUUAAUACACGGACAAUGGACUGUGGACAUAACUCGGCAUGCUUCGUGAAUCAGACUAACACUGAAAUCAGGAUAUCGGUUACUACUUCCUUAUUAGUGCUAACAAUGAAGAUGUAGACAUAUUCCGACAUCCUUCAAAGUACAUGUACAGAUGAUUCUCCAGCUAAACUGAACUCAGAAAAACCUAAAUACGCUCAUGAAUGUAUCAUGAACUGGAUUUUCGUAAUUAUGGAUUUUUAUUCGGAAAUCCAAGUGUCUAAGUUUAAAAGGGUCUGUUGCUGACCAGGACAGUGUGAAACGACCUGGUAAUACGGGAUCAA